CUAUUUUUUUGUUGUUUUUUUGUUGUUGUAGGCAUUAUAAUUGUUAUGAAGACGGCGCAAAGAAAUUUACCCCGGGUUUUAGGCUAGGUGUUGAUUAUGUUGAGGAUAAAACUUGGUUUUACCAUUUGGCCACAUGCGACAUGUUUAUGAACGACUCGCAUAUGAACACCAUAUUCUAUUACCUUCGGAAAAAAGGUAAGUAUUCUUCCGCUGUGACGUUGAAUUUCGCAACCACUGAUUGUCUUUUUGAUGAUUCCAUCCAAGCAUUGUACCACAAAUUUAACAAGGCCAAGUCAAUGAAGACUAAGAUGUCACACAUUCACGCUGCCCACCCAAUUGCGCAUUACAUCCGAGGUAUGCGCAUUCCCUGUUCCAAGCCUUGGUAUGAAGCCGAUCACGUGCUUUUCAUCAUCAAUUUAAGAAGGGAAAGUCAUUGGGUUUUUGGGCGUCUUGACGUGCACGAAAGGACGUUAUUUCUGUACAAUUCUUUGAGAACCGCGAAGAUGAAUGCCGCAGCUAGGAAUGCGAUGAAGGCUUAUUCCGUGUUGCUUGCCUUUGUUUUUCGAUUUACUUGGGUUGGAAGAAUAGAGCACAAGUUCUGCCUCGGUUUCGACCCUACGGCUCCAUUCGGAAUCGUGGAGCUUAGUGGUCUUGCGUCUCGACGAAGAAGUGAGUGUUUCUUUUAA